AUGGCUACAAUACCUGUCAUCGUCAAACAUCAAGGCAAAAAACAUGAAGUCGAACUUGACCCAGAAUCAAACGGGGAAACCUUCAAAUCUCAACUAUAUUCCCUCACAGGUGUCGAACCAGAACGACAAAAGAUCCUCGUCAAAGGUGGUCAACUCAAAGAUGACACCAUACUAUCUUCCCUCAAUGCGAAACCUGGGCAAACUUUCAUGAUGAUGGGAACUCCUUCCGGAGAUACUUCUGCCCUCGAGAAACCGAAAGAAAAGAUAAAAUUCAUGGAGGAUAUGACAGCAGCUGAGAUUGCAAAACAAGAGGGUGCUAUACCUGCUGGACUACAAAAUCUCGGGAAUACUUGCUAUCUAAACUCAACCUUACAGGUUUUGAAAAGUGUUCCAGAAAUGCAAGAAACGCUUGCACUAUACAAAGCAGAGCCAGCUGCAUCCGGUUCAAACCUCCAAAGUCUCAGUCAACUCGGUCUUGGUGGAUUGGGUUCAUCAGCAGACCUUACGGCAUCAUUAAGGGAUCUUUACAAGCAAAUGUCAGAGACUCAAGAAGGAUUUCCACCAUUAAUGUUUCUCAACUCGCUUAGAACGGCGUUCCCUCAAUUCGCGCAAAAGGCAAAAACAGGACAUGGAUAUGCACAGCAAGAUGCAGAAGAAGCGUGGUCGCAGAUCGUUUCACAAUUACGGCAAAAACUAAAGAUCUCUUCAGAUUCAAGCUCAGAGAAAAAGGAAGCAAUCUCCUUCAUCGACAGAUAUCUUGCUGGAACAUUCGAAACAACGUUAACACCCCCUGCGGAAGCUGUCGAUAAGGAAGAACCAAUCCAUGGUGCAGAAACCUUCUUGAAAUUGGACUGUCAUAUUGACAAAGAUAUCAAUCACCUUCGUGAUGGAAUUGUAGCCAGUCUUUCCGAAGAGAUAGAAAAAAAAUCCGAAGCUUUGGGUCGCGACGCUAUUUAUACAAAAACAUCUCGAAUCUCUCGAGCGCCGAAAUACCUUACUGUCCACUUUGUUCGCUUCUUUUGGAAACGUGAAGUUGGGAAAAAGGCCAAGAUUAUGCGCAAGGUCACCUUUCCUUCUGAGCUCGAUGUCGUUGAAUUCUGUACUGAAAAGCUAAGAAAGCAGCUGAUUCCGGUGCGAGAUAAGGUCCGAGAAAUCCGGAAAGAUGAGCACGACAUUCAAAGAGCCCGCAAGAGACAGAAGCUGAGGCACAAGGAAGAGGAGGAUCGCAAACACGACGAUGCGAUGGCAGAAGCAGCACCUCUCAAAAAAGCCCAGGAAGCAAAGGAACGAAAAGAAGCCGAAAAAAGUGGCAAAGCCAAGCAACCAGAAAACAACGAAUCUGAUGUCUACAAAACAGAUGCUGAAUAUGAGGCAGAGCGCGAAGCUUCGAUCAAGGCCGCAAAGAAGGAACUUUAUGCCGCUAUAGAUCCAGAUUUGGCCGCUGACGAAGGCUCGAAUAGGUCUGGUCUAUAUGAAUUGAGAGGAGUCAUCACUCAUCAAGGUGCAAGUGCCGAUAGCGGGCAUUACACAAGCUAUGUCAAAAAGACCGGAAGGAUGGUAGACGAUCCCAAGGCCCCUGGUGGGAAACGACGAGAAGAGGACGGUAAAUGGUGGUGGUUCAACGAUGACAAAGUGAGCGAGGUUGAUCUGGAAAAGAUCGAGACGCUGGCUGGAGGAGGGGAGAGCCACUCUGCUCUGAUUCUGCUUUAUCGAGCCAUUGACCUUCCCUCUAAGGAGGAAAUUGAGUCAUGA